CUCAAAAUUCGAUGAGACGAAAAAAAACGCGGACGCAGCACAACGCAAAAUCCGUCGGGCUCGCGAGAAAAAAUACAACAAAUCCUGUGUUUGCCUGUGCGUGAGUGAAAAAACGCGAAAAGAAAGAAAGGGAACCAUGGCGAGUGUUUUUUUAUAAUCAAAUUUCCACAACACUUUCCACAUAAUCGUAAAUGAAUCAAAAAAUUCUCUUUUAAUUUGGAAUAAUUGUAUUUGUCUUGAAACAAUAUAUUACUGUAAAUAUAUCUUCUUCGUAUAAAAUUUUACUCACAAAAAAGUCUUAAAAUAUUGAAAUUAAAAUUAAAAUUUCAAAGAGGUCACUUGAAAAAUCAGUAGUGAUUUUUCCACGUUUUGUACAAACAUAGUUUGUAAGGAGGCAGUAAAAACUUGAAGAAGGAGCCCAAAUGCCAUCCAACUGAGUAAGAGGGAGAAAGCCGAAUACGACAGACUGGGAUAGCAUGCGCCAAUGAAAACGUCUCACCAUCCAAAAACGUCCGAUUUCGUUGACUACGCCGUUGCCGGGGGCGGGGGAUCCGGAUUCUAUCCGGGAUUUGGAGCGGGACUAUCAGCCAAGGCAACUUCCUUCUACGGCGAUCUAACGGUGACGGCAACUGUGGACGGGACGCGUCACCAGCAGGAGCAACAGCAGCAACAUCAGCAACACCAGCGGCAACCUGCACCAUCGACUUUGUCGGCAGCAAACAGCAAGCGAAAACGUCAGACAGAUUGUGAUUGCGGCUGCGUAGACUCAUACAAUUCCAGCCACGGCCCGCCUGUGCAGCAGAACUCGUCAGCAGCAGCGGGAGCAGGAGGAUCUGGAGGAUCGGCAGCAGGAUCAGGAUCAGACGGAACAGGGCCCAUCAGCAGCCUCAAGACGGCGCACACAAAGGUCGCCACCUCGGGGGGUCAUGCCAACACGCAGCCCCCCAGCAAAAGGUCAAGUAGUGGCGCGGAUGGCGACUACCAGCUGGUGCAGCACGAGGUGCUCUAUUCCCUAUCGGCGGAGUAUGAGGUCUUGGAGUUCUUGGGCCGCGGCACCUUUGGCCAGGUGGUCAAGUGCUGGAAGCGCGGCACCUCCGAGAUCGUGGCCAUCAAGAUCCUGAAGAACCAUCCCUCGUACGCGCGGCAAGGACAGAUCGAGGUCUCAAUCCUGUCCCGACUCAGCCAGGAGAAUGCCGACGAGUUCAACUUUGUGCGGGCCUUCGAGUGCUUUCAGCACAAGAACCACACCUGUCUGGUCUUUGAGAUGCUGGAGCAGAACCUCUACGAUUUCCUCAAGCAGAACAAGUUCUCGCCGCUGCCCCUCAAGUACAUAAGACCCAUUCUGGAGCAGGUAUUGACUGCCCUGUUGAAGCUGAAACAACUGGGCCUGAUCCAUGCCGACCUGAAGCCGGAGAAUAUCAUGCUGGUGGAUCCAGUGCGUCAACCCUAUCGCGUCAAGGUGAUCGACUUUGGCAGCGCUUCGCAUGUGAGCAAGACGGUUUGCAAUACGUACCUGCAAUCGCGCUACUACCGAGCACCCGAAAUCAUUCUGGGCCUGCCCUUCUGCGAGGCCAUCGACAUGUGGUCCCUGGGCUGCGUGGUUGCGGAACUCUUCCUCGGCUGGCCGCUCUAUCCGGGCAGCUCGGAGUUCGACCAGAUCCGCUACAUCUCACAGACGCAGGGCCUGCCCACGGAGCACAUGCUGAACAGCGCCUCGAAGACCUCCAAGUUCUUCUACCGCGACGUGGACUCCACGUAUCCCUUUUGGCGGCUGAAGACCACCGAGGAGCACGAGGCCGAGACGAACACCAAGAGCAAGGAGGCGCGCAAGUACAUCUUCAACUGUCUCGAUGACAUUGGACAGGUGAAUGUGCCCACUGAUCUGGAAGGUGGCCAGCUGCUGGCCGAGAAGACGGACCGUCGGGAGUUCAUAGAUCUGCUGAAGCGCAUGCUGACCAUUGACCAGGAGCGGCGUCUAACGCCCGCCGAGGCAUUGAAUCACUCCUUUACACGUCUGACCCAUCUGGUGGACUAUGUCUACUGCAACAAUGUCAAGGCAUCCGUGCAGAUGAUGGAGGUGUGCCGACGCGGCGAUUUCCACACAGUACAACCCGCUUCGACGCUGGUCACCAACUUUGUGCCCUCGAGCACCGAGAACAUGACGUUCACGAUCAACAACCAGUUGACCAGCCAGGUGCAACGUCUCGUUCGCGAUGGCCGUCCGCUGGCCUACGAGGGGCUGUACCAGAUCUACAACGGACGCAGUGUGGCCCGGCAGUAUCCGCAGGCGCGGACGGACAGCUUCCAGCACCAGCUGGUGUCGAACAUCCUGUGCCCGCCCUCCUACCAAACGAUGCCCAGUCCCACCAAGCACGUGGUGGUGGGCAGUGCCACCAUGCAGCCGCCGUUGCAGGUGCCGCCGCAGCAGUAUGUCAAUGUGCCGGUGCCGGUUUCCAUGGUGGAGCCCACCUCUGGCCAGAGGAUGCUCCUCACGAAUCGGGUGCAGGCCAGCGGAGUGGCAUGGCCCCAAACUGGAAGGCAGAUGGCCCUGGUGCCAUCGUGGCCCCAGCAGGCACCCGCCCACUCGCUCAUCGUGGACUCGACGCCGCUGUUUAAUGUGGAAGAGAUCUAUCCCAAGCAUCACCUCAACUUGCCACGCAACGAUCUCAAGAAGGAGUCGCCGGCUCAUCAUAUAGCCAAGGGCAACUCUUAUCGCGUGCCGCGCCACGAGAAGAAGGAGCACCAGCAGCUGUCGCCGGUGAAGAAGCGGGUGAAGGAGAGCUCGCCGCCCCACCAGCAGCGGUACCAGCGCACCGCCCACGUCUCGCCGCAGUACCACACGCACCACAACUGCAACUAUGGGAAUGGCGGUGGCUACAGCGCCAGUGCGGGAUCGGUGGUAGCCUCCUCGGCUGCCUCUGCUAGCAAUAUUGUGAACGGAAGCUCGUCGAGCUCGCACCAUCAUCAUGUCCCUGUGGCCCAUGCCCAGCCGUACAGCACCUCCUCGGGCCACCACAUUGUGAGCAACUGCAACGCCAACGGAGCAGCAGGAGGAGGAGGAGCUGUGGUCUACCAACAGCCGCCGGCACAUGCCCACCAGCAGCACCCGCAUGCCCAGCAGCCACAUCCGCAGAAUCCGCAGCAUUCGCAGCACGUGAAGCAGCCGACGAUCACCAUCCACGACACGCCCUCGCCCACGGCAGUGAUCACGAUCUCCGACAGCGAGGAUGAGGGUGGCGAAAGUGGAGGAGUCCAGGUGCCGGUGCUUAAGCAGCGGGCUCAUGCCCAGUCGCAGACCAGCAGCAGCCUGCUGCAGCAUGCACCCAGCUCCUCCUGCAGCAGGAAUAGUGCCCACCAGCAGCCGCAGCCGCAGCAGCAUCCACAUCCCCAGCAGCAACAGCAGCAGCAACAACAACAGCAGCAGCAGCAGAUCACUUAUGGUGACCAUGAUCCGGAGGAUGCCAGACGUCGUCAUCAUGCCGCUGCCGCAGCCGCCGUGGGAAGUCCCAAGCAUCAUCAUCAUCAUCAGCAGCAGCAGCAGCAGUCUGUGCCGCACCAGCAGCCAAAUCAUCCGCAGCAGCAGCAGCAGUAUCAGCCGCAGCCACCUCCGCAACAGGUUAUGAGCCAGCCGCAGCCCAGCAUCAAGUACGAGCCGGGCCAAUCCCAGAAGAAGCGCAUCCUGGCCAUGGCCCAGAGCGAAUGUGGCUACCAGCCGCAGGUGCCCAGCCAGCCGCCGCCCUCAUCCGCCAGCUUGCCGCACAUUCCCACCAAGCAGGAGCCGGCCGAGUUCUAUACGGAGUAUACAACUGCUCCUCCGCCGCAACAGUUGGACACGAAGCGCGCCUCGUGGGCACCCACCUCCUCGGGAGCAGGCCUACCGCUGGCCCAUCCCAAGCGGGAGGCUCCCUCGGUGGCGCCCAUCAGCUACGUGGCCCCCUCGGGCGUGGCUCCACCCUUGGCCCACUCCAAGAGCAGCUCUGCCGCCUCUUCGUCCUCCUCGAUCAGUGCGGCGGCAGCAGCAGCGGCUGCGGCAGCUGCAGCAGCAGCGGCCAGCGUUGGUCCCCCGUCGUGGGGUCCGCCGCAGGUCUAUCGCCAGCCAUCGCAGCCGCCCCCGGGCAGCGUGGGAUUGCCAAGCAACCAGGCUCCGCCACCACCACAUCCGCACCAUCACCAGAGCAAUGGCCACCAUCAUCACCAGGCCGGAACUCCGCUGGGCGGAUCGCCAUCCUCGACGGCGGCGGCCGCUCUACUGCAGCCGGACAUUUAUGCGCAGGGCGACAUCUACCGCAGGCCCACGGUGUUUGUCUCGCAGGCGGCGCCCACGGCGUACGCCUACGCGAAUAGGGCGGUAGUGGCCCCGCCUCCGGCCCACAAUAGCUCCAGUCGUCAGGUGAUUCCAUCACACCCGUUGCCAGCGCACAUCCAGAUACCCACCCAGUACAGCCAGUUUGGACCGCUCAGUCCUGCCCAGGUAGCCGCCAGCAAACACGCGGCGCACUUCGCGCCCACCAACAUAUGGUAUGGGGCUGAGUAGGCCGACGAAGUUGGGAGUUGGCGGGGACAGGGGCGAUGAGGAGAGACCAGGGACGAGGAUGUGCAUCCACCAACAGUCAAGAGCCAAGAACCAAGAAUCAAGACCAACCUUAGCACACACCAACCGUACACCAUCACCACCACCACCACUGUUGUUAUGAUCUUGAGCUUCUAGAGCCCGAUUGAAUGAUUCAACGCUCGAAUCGUUUGUGGCCUCGGACGAGGCAGUUGAUCAGCCGAAUCAGAGCCAAGAGCUGCAGCAACAGCAGUUCUGGUGGUUCAUGCUGCUCAUGCAGCAGACCAUCAUCCACAACAACUCCAUGUUGCAGGCAGGCAGCGAGGAUACAGCAUCAGCAGCAUCAACAGCAUCAACAGCAACAGCAGCAACAUCCUCAGACACCGCAGCGUCACGUAAAGCACGCCGAAAACGAUAGGCUCCAAAUCCAAAGUCCCCCUCCUCGUCGCCAGUUCUCAGUUAGUUUUUCGAGAUACCACACUGGAUCUCACCAUUGAUUCAUUGAUUACCACUUACCGGUUACCAUUUCUAUUAGUUUUUAUUAUUUUUUUAAAUAAUAUUAAAAAAUAAAUGUACAGCACUCCUACACGCAGCUGGGUGUACAGUGCUCAGGCUAACUUUUUGCAAGUUGUGUGGUAUUUAGCACAACGCCACACUCACACACACACACACACUACAGCCUAUAGCUUCAAAUACCCUCAAAGUAUGUAAAUUAGAGGCAUAUAUCGAGAGUGUUUUUUUUUUCUUCAAAACGAAAGCGUUUCAUUAAUGUGUGUUGUGUGUUUUAUUGAUAACUUCCACAUAAUAUUCUCUAUAAUCCACUUAUAUAUUAUAUACAUGCAUGUGUAACACUAUAAUUACGAAUACUAUAUAUCAACCAGAGAGCAGAAGAAAAAACUAGAGUCUAUGGCACGCCGAAAAACUGCAACAUAUUAGGCUGAAAAGCCACUAAGAGAAAGCUUCGAAAUUCCCUAGCAAGUACCUCAGAAAAUCGAAAACGAAAACUUAACAGCAGCAUCAGCAACCAGAAAAACAAAUAAACAACAUUGUUAUGCAAUUUGCCUUUUACACAAACAAGCAACAAAACAAAACGAGAUGACGAUGACGAUGAAACUGAAACUGAAGAUGAAGAUAUAAAUGAAGAUGAAGACGCAGGAUUAGAGUUAGAGGAGGUUAGUAGAGAACCACAACAAAUUGAAUACCGCAAAAACCUUACUAGCAAACAAAAAGCAAAUAAAAUAGAUAACCCUAGGAGAUAUCAACAAAGAGAACCUAACAAUUACAUAGCUCAUAGAUAUAGUGGAUAGAACGCGGGGCAAGGAGGUUAGAUGGCGAACGUUUUUUACACACUCGUAACUCACUCAUAGGAAUAGCCGCGAAAAGAAUUACAAAUACGAUUAACAAUUAACAUACAACAGAUAACAAUUCUAAAUUAUUUUUAACGAGCAACAACAAAUAUAUAUAGGAACAAUUGUAUAUAAAUGCAUAGAUAUCGGUACUAGAACUAGCCGGAGUCCAACUAAAGCCCGAUUUUUAUUUUAACUAAUCAGCGUUGCUAAGGACAGGUUUCUCAAAUGCGAGUUAGGGUUUAGAAAAUUUCUUAACCGGCACUUUAUGUCUGCCUGAAAUUUUAACUAGCAGUCGAGAAACCGGGAUUGCUUCUGCAAUCCGUUUAAUUUUAAAAAAUUCACAUUUCUUUUUAACCCAUCUGUGUCCCAGAACAAGAUCUACGUAUUAGUUAUUCUUUCGACUAGGGAAACGCUUGAGAAAGUUUACUAAAGUACAAAACCAAACAAAAAUAAAAAGCAAUCUAGCAGUUUAGACUUUUAGAGUUGGCCCCAUCCCCCACACUACAAACCCUUGUUUUAGGCUUUUUCCCCAGAGAAAAUCUGUAAAUAGAAAGAGAUCGCAAUUUUGUACAAACCUGGCUUACUUUAAAAACGCCCACUAAAUCCUAUAUUAAAAAAUAUAAACUAAAUCUUGUUAAAUAGGUUUCCUAAAGUAUUUCGUAGUUAGAAUUAAACUUAACUUGUCGCGUAUAAAAUAACCGAGCAGCAACUAAUAUUUUUGGUUCUUUUGGGGCCGAUUUCUCAGUUGUUCUCUUAACGUCGUGGCAUUGAGAAAUCGGCACUUGGAGAGUGUCACUUCCUAUAUAAAGAAAUAUAUACUGAUACUGAUACUAAUACAGAGCAGAAGUUAAUUUAACCAUCCUCUCCGCCCCUUCCUAGUUCAGCUGUGUACAGUAGCGAUUUCGGGACUGGGAUCGGAGUUAAUUUAUACUCCGACGAAAAGGAUCUAGCAUAUAAUUAUUGUGAUGUAGUUUUUAACAAGCAAGCAAGGAGCAGAACGUUUUUUGUCAGUCGUCUUCAUCGGCGAAUAGAAAUUACCUAAAAUUAUGAAUAACCCAUUGCGGAUACGGAUACGGAAUAUGCAUCUAUAUGUUAACUAAUUAGUGUGCAGGAUUCAAUAGCAUUAGCACGAUAACAAAUCGUUUUUUUAACCAAUUAAAUAACUUUUAAACAAGCGAAAAAAAUAACACUUUUUGUAGUAGAAGGAGGAUGAGAAAUUAGCAUGCAUAGGCGUAAAUAAGAAACGUUAGUGUUGUGAAUAUAUACGAGUAAAUACGGAAAACAAAAAAAAUUAUGGAUAUAUUUUGUGUAUAAACAAUAACGGCAACCAGCAGCUAACAAUUGUAAAAAACAAUAAGCGAAAACCACAACUCGGCAGAUUUAAGAUUCUUGUUUAAAGUCGAGAGAACCUUAUCUAGAUAAUAGAAAUAGAUGUAUUCAACAAGUUCUUUUUUUAUAGAAAUUUUAUGGACCAUUCAACUAAAAUAUAUAUAGUUAAAUAAGCAUGGGUAUUGAAUAAAAAGGAAUAACAACCGCUGUGUGACCGUUUAGUAUGUCAGCGAAAAAGUUGCGAUCUGUGUUUCCGAUUUGUGUUUCUUGUCCUGCACCCACUCAGUGUGCAAAUUUAUAUUAUAAACGAAUAUGCUAAAUAUCUGCGAGGGCAGAGGAACUUUUCUUCACUUUCUACUCAAUGUUUAGGAGCAUCAAAAAGAAAGCAAAAUCGAAAAAAAAUAAGAAAACAAAUCAAGAACGCUUUAAAUGUAACAAAAACGAAACGUUAAUAGACUUAUGAAAACAACAAACAAACAAAUUAACUUUAUAUUAAACGACAAAUUAAAUUUAUAUUAACAAACAAAUUACAUUUAUAUUUAGAAAAACUAAAAACAACAAACAAAUUAAACGUAUAUUAAACACUCAAUGAGCAGUCAGCUGGGUCUCGGUCGCUCGAAGACGUUUGUGGCCCACUGUCGAAAGAUUUGUAUUUAAGAGGGAUUAAGAGGAGGCGAUCGGAAAGAUCCGAUCCGAUCCCACAAACACUCUAAUAUACGUAUAUAUUUAAAUGAGAAAUGUUUUAACUGUGUAGCCUUAAUAUUUGUACUCGUCGUCCUCUCGAUUUCCAACAAAAAAUUAUGAUAUACGAUACUAUAGAGCGAUAAAUGCUGAUCGGUGUUUACUACAAUAUUUCUUAUGUACUUGUUUAAUCAUACUUAAGGAUGAGUUGCCCUUACUGUACUAUUUUAACCAUUUAAAUUUACUUUUAAUUUACUUUGUUUCUCUUCUUAACUUUGUUUAAUAUAUAUAUAUAUAUCAUUAAAUGUAUAAUGGAAAAUAGCCACAACAUACACCAUAUAUACUGCUUACUAUUAUAUAUCCUACAAAAUACAGAAAUCGUAAAUAUAUAUAUGAACAGAUAUCAUA